AUGCGGGCAGGUAUAUCGAGAGAUGGACGAAGCAGCACGGGCGACGAUGACAGCCUCGACCACGAGGAGCGCACCCGAAAGCGUAUAGCCCGUGAAUCGCACAAGCAGUCGCAGGACUCUCAAAAUCUAAAGGGUCUACGAGCUAAGCUCUUCCACAAGAAACGCCAUGCCGAAAAGAUCCAGAUGCGGAAACGCAUCAAGGCCCAGGAAGAGCGGAAUGUCAAGUCCUCGGGCGAGCCAAGCGAGCCAUCCUCUACACCACUGCCAAAUUAUCUUCUCGACCGAUCUCAGCCUACAAAUGCGAAGGCUUUGUCCAGUGCUAUCAAAGACAAGCGGGCUGAGAAGGCCGCCAAAUUCUCUGUUCCCUUGCCCAAAGUUAAGGGUAUCAGCGAAGAGGAGAUGUUCAAAGUUGUCAAGACCGGCAAGAAAAUUCAGAGGAAAGGGUGGAAGCGAAUGGUCACCAAGCCCACCUUUGUUGGAGCUGAUUUCACCCGUCGACCAGUCAAAUAUGAACGGUUUAUCCGACCAAUGGGUCUUCGAUAUAAGAAAGCCAACGUUACUCACCCAGAAUUAGCGGUUACUGUGCAAUUGCCUAUAAUUAGCGUGAAAAAGAACCCCCAAAGCCCUAUGUAUACACAACUAGGCGUUUUGACAAAAGGAACUAUCAUCGAAGUUAACGUGUCAGAAUUGGGGCUCGUCACCACUGGUGGAAAGGUGGUAUGGGGUAAAUGGGCACAGAUUACGAAUAACUGUGAAAAUGAUGGGUGUGUUAAUGCUGUUCUUCUUGUUUGA